AACGACAGGUAUACACAAAGCAGCGAGAGCGAAGCUACUGGAACGAAAUCGAAAGCUCUCUCAUUGUCCUUUGGCGCGAGUGUUUUACAUUUUUGCAACAUAAAACAGUUGUCUUUUGAACAUAAAAUUAAAUUCUAUUGUAAAUACAUCAGUUUGUGUUCAAUUUUCUGUCCAAUUACUUAAAAAUGAGUGUAAAAGACAUCUACUAUUCGGAUAAAUACUACGACGAUGAGUUUGAGUACAGACACGUCGUUUUACCUAAGGAUAUCGCCAAGCUAGUGCCAAAAACUCACCUCAUGACGGAGAACGAAUGGAGGUCCAUCGGUGUGCAGCAGUCCCGUGGCUGGAUUCACUACAUGAUUCAUCAGCCCGAGCCACACAUCCUGCUUUUCCGACGACCGAUCACGAAAGUUGAAUAAACUUAGAAUACGGAAUCCUCGGUUAGGAUAGAGUAGAAUUGUCGCACCAAUGUUUAGUUAGCUGUUCAAGUUCAUAGAAUUCACUAGAAAUUUUCUACGAUUCAGUGGCACUCAAAACGAUUCAACUGGAUAUCUUAGUGUGAUUUGCUUUUCCUAAGGGUGUGAAUAACAUUGUGAAGGGAAACAGAUUCCACCGAGCAUCAAUUUAUUGUACAGAACUCUCAGGCAUGGAGACCAAAUGAAAAAAGAAAUAAUACGAAAAAAAGGACCGGCAGGCCGCGCGUUUGAAACUUGGAGAUUUUUUUUUGUACAGAUUAGCGAUACCCUGUCACGCGUUUGCCUUCGAUUCAAAAGCAACACAUAAGGGUGCCAGUGCCUUCUUCCUCUUGAAAAAUAAAGUAAAACAAAAGUAUUUAUAAGGUAAUUUUAAUAAAUAUUUUAAAAUGAA